GUGGACGAUCAAGUGAAUGUACGCCAAGGAAGCAUUUGUAUCAUACAUCUCAUUGGCAGGGCUUAACACAAAAGGCGGCGCACCUUGGAGAGCACAAGAUGUUAAAAAGGGAAUAGCCCGAAGCUCUAGAGCCAUCAACCUUGUCAUUGUAUCAACACGACCACAAGCGGCCGAAUUAUUUUGACAUCUUCAACACAGGUGCUUCAGGAUGUCAUCUCAAACCAUCAUACUCAUCACUGGUGCCAACUCUGGUGUUGGCUUCGCAGCUGCCAAGGUGAUUGCUUCGGCCUCUCCCAGCUACCACGUACUCGUGGGUAGUCGAAACCCGGAGAACGGAAAGAAAGCAGUCUCUGAGCUCCAAGCACAGGGCUCGAUCAAGGGCACUUUGACAGACAUCCAGAUCGACGUCAACGACCAGGCUUCCAUUGAUGCUGCAUCCAAAGUCAUCGAGGACAGGUUUGGCCACCUAGACGUUCUGCUCAAUAACGCCGGUGUUGGGCCCCCAGAUGGCGAAUUGAGAACACAACUCGAGCGCACAUUCCAGACGAAUGUUAUUGGACCUAUGGUCGUGACUCAUACAUUGACGCCUCUGCUGUUGAAGUCAAGAAAUCCGUAUUCCAUCUACGUCACUAGUGGUCUGGGUUCGUUGAGCAUGGCAGCGGACCCCAAUGACCCAUACUAUCAAGCUCGUUAUGACAUAUAUCGCGCCAGUAAAGCGGCGCUCAACAUGCUCAUGAUCCAGGAGACUAAGGAGUUGGGACCCAAGGGCGUCAAGACUUUCGCCGUAUGUCCCGGUUUGGUGCGCUCGAAUCUGCGUGGGAAAACGGAGCAGGACAUCAGUGCUGGUGGAUAUGCGGGGGAUCCUGAGGUAUCGGGGCAGACUUUGCUGAGUGUCAUUGAGGGCAAGAGAGAUGCUGAUGUUGGAAGGGCGGUGCAUAAGGACGGAGUGCACCCUUGGUGAGCGAGCAAAUACUUUACCAGCAUAGUAUGUCUCCGUGGACAAGCCUCAGUGCUCUGCCGAAUUGCCAAUGGUCAUCCACGCCCUCUGGCAUGUAGUCUUUUCUGCAAUGUCAUUCUCAGGUGCUCGCUCCGUUCAUCUAGAGAUGUCAUACCUAC